CAAAAUUUAAGGCUAGUGAUGCGGACCCAACGCCGACAGGUGUACCUCAUAUGGCAUCCCAUGCUGCUUUCAACAUAAGGCAGAAAACUGACAAAGGACAAACACUAUAUCAGGAAAUGGUACAGAGAAUCAUUCAAAGAUUUAUCUAUGACAAUCACAGACAAAUUGAAAAUACAGUGGGUUCUGAUGAUGUAAAGAGCUGCUUUGACCGCAUGAGGCAAGAGGUUCUAGCACAGUACAAAGUAAAGGAUGACAGCCUCGACAUGGCUAUCUCUGCUGUCAGAUGGGUGUCCAAGAACAUGGAGAAGAUCCAGGGGAAGGAAUCUUUAAAUAGAGAUGAGUUAUUUCCCUGGAAAAAAAGUGACAGCAUCGACAGUCAGGAUUCAGCACUGACACCUGACCAUCCAGAUUCCGAGUUUGUCAGCAACGUGGAUCACCAUGACAACGCCCUCUGUGACAUCCACGAGGAGCCCAUCCAGGUUCAUAAUAAAACAAAGCAUUCAAAGUCCAAUGGUUAGGACAAACCAAAUGUUUACAUCAGAUAGAUCUUCCAUUUUACUGUUAUUUAAUAAUUCUACAGGAGCCAAAUUGCAUUAAAGACAAGUACAGCUUUUUGAAUUUAAUUUUUAUUUUCAUUGUGGAAAUUGAACUUAAAUUUUUAAGUAAAGAAACAGUUCAUUACAAGGUAAAAUAUAAAGAUGGCAAUAAAACAUAUUAAUAACUGUUAAACGGAGUGCAAUAAGAGAAAAUAUUUUAUUUUGCUUUUGUCUUACUAACAAGUAGGGCUGUUUUUCAAAAUUGACAAGAAAUGAUUAUACGAAAGAAUUAUUUUUCUGUUAUAUUAUGUACCAUCUUGAUAAAUUAAUAAAAGUUGCCAGAUGAAUAAAUAAUUACUUGCGCAAGUGUUUUAGAUAUGAUCUUGUUUACAUACACAACAAAAUUUUAUUGACUUUUAUGCAAUCUAAAGUGCACCGUUUUUUUUUUUUUUUGUGCUGUCUAUUCUGACACUCCAAAUAAUAUUGUGAUAUUUUUAUAAGUUUUUCAAUGUUCACUUUUUAAAGUCUGUGAACUUUUUAAAUUCAUAUUUCUUGUGAGUAAGCAAUGACAACAUUAACUGUUAUACACAAUGCAAUCAAUCCACUACAAAAAAACUAAUAUUGAUAUAAAUAGUGGCAUAGGCAGGGAG